GGGCUGCGCACGGGCGAGGUGCGCACUGCGCGUGCUUUGGGUGACAGGGACGCGGCCCGCCAGCGCCUGCUGGUCGCCGUGCGGGAUGGAGGACAGCCGCCCCUUUCCGCAACUGUCACGUUGCUCCUGGUUUUCGCAGACAGCCUACAAGAGGCGCUGCCGGAUGUCAGCGACCGUCCGGAGCCCUCUGACCCCCAGGCUGAGCUGCAGUUUUACCUGGUGGUGGCCUUGGCCUUGAUCUCAGUGCUGUUUCUCCUAGCAGUGAUUCUAGCGGUUGCGCUGAGCCUGCAACGCUCCUCCCGCCCUUCCUCCUGGAGCUGCUUUAAGACUGAUGUCUGCUCCAAGACUGGAUCUGGGGUUAUUCCCAACUUUAGCGAAGGGACUUUGCCUUAUUCUUACAAUCUAUGUGCUGCCUCACAUUCCUCAGAGACUGAGUUUAAAUUUCUCAGUAUAAAGCCUGAAAAUGGUCCAUCACAAGAUCUUCUAUGUAAUGAAGCCUCUUGGUUUGAAAGUGCCAAUAAUGAUAAUCGCAAAAUGACUUCUAAUUCAGUCAAUUUGCAACAGGAAGUCCAUAAGGAGCCUGUCAUGGCAGCUCUGCAAAAGCGCCAACACCAGAGCGGAUUAGUGGUACUCGUUAUUCUGCUGGGGAUUCUGGGGGGGCUCGGGGCCAGGCAGAUCCGUUAUUCCAUUCCUGAAGAGCUGGACAAAGGUUCCUUCGUAGGAAACAUCGCUGACGAUCUGGGGCUAGAGCUCCAGGAGCUGGGGGAGCGUGGAGUCCGCAUCGUCUCCAGAGGUAGGAUGCAGCUCUUUUCUCUGAACCCGCGAAGCGGCAACUUGGUCACCGCAGACAGAAUAGACCGGGAGGAGCUCUGUGCCCAGACCGCGCGGUGUCUGGUGAGUUUUAACAUCCUCAUUGAGGAUAAACUGAAUCUUUAUCCCAUAGAAGUGGAAAUACUGGACAUUAAUGACAACACACCCCGAUUCUUUAGGGAAGAAUUAGAGGUGAAAAUUCUGGAAAACGCACCCCCAUCCUCUCGUUUUCCACUAAUGGAGGUCUAUGACCUGGAUGUGGGAAUGAACUCUCUUCAAAGCUUCAAACUCAGCAAGAAUAGUCACUUCUCAGUGGACGUGCAGAGUGAAGCUGAUAGGCCCAAAUACCCGGAGCUGGUGCUUGAGCGUGCCCUGGAUCGGGAGGGAGAUGCUGUUCACCACCUCAUCCUUACUGCUGUGGAUGGCGGUGAACCUGUCCGCUCAGGCACUGCUCGAAUUCUGGUAACUGUCCUAGACGUGAAUGACAACGCUCCAGUAUUUACUCAGCCUGUCUAUCGUGUAAGUGUUCCUGAAAACCUGCCAGUAGGCACACCAGUGUUGUCGGUAAAUGCUACUGACCAGGAUGAAGGAGUCCACGCGGAAGUAAUGUAUUCCUUCCUGAGGGUAACAGAAAAGAUCUCCAAGAUUUUCUGCUUGAAUGUUUUCACUGGAGAAAUCUCGAUCUCUGCAAAUUUAGACUAUGAGGAUUCAAGCUUUUAUGAACUGGAUGUUGAAGCCAGAGAUAGGCCAGGUCUACUUGACAGAGCAAAAGUCUUAAUAACUAUCUUAGAUGUAAAUGAUAAUGUACCAGAAGUGGUAGUUACAUCUGGAAGCAGAUCAGUUGCUGAAAGUAUGCCUCCAGGAACAGUAAUCGCUCUUUUUCAAGUAUAUGAUAGAGACUCUGGACUGAAUGGCCUGGUAACAUGCUCCAUCUCAAGAAGUAUGCCAUUUGAACUGGAAAAAUCAGUAGACAAUUAUUAUCGAUUAGUGACCAAUACAGUACUAGAUCGAGAACAGGUAUCCUUGUACAACAUCACUGUAACAGUCACAGACAAAGGAAUUCCACCUCUGUCUACAGAAACACUUAUUUACCUAAAUGUGGCAGAUAUCAACGACAACCCACCUGCCUUCCCCCACUCCUCCUAUUCUGUCUACAUCCCUGAAAACAACCCCAGA